AUGGAACUGGCGCGAAAUGGCCGCAUUCAACACUGUGGGGUACCUGUGACGCUGAGCAAGGACAUGGUGGGUCGGGCGUCCGUCAAGCCAGGCUGGCCCGUCGACCCGGGGCGGUCGGCGGGGCCGGCGCCUCACCGGCCGCCGCGGGGCGCCAUUACUCGCACACGCGCGCCCUCUACGCGGGCCGGCGACCGACUGACGCCCAGCUACUCGCCUCGCCGCCUCGCCGCCGCGGACCUACAAACAACAGGACAUGCCGCCGCCGCGCCGCCGGCCACGCGCUGCGGAACCCCGACACCUCUGUCGCCGGCUCACGCACUCACACAUUGCACCGCGCCCGGCCGACUACCCGCGCGUGUGCGUAAACAUCGCACGAAAGCUCGCCGCUUCGCCGCGGCUGCAAAUAAGGCUUCGGGGGCGCAUCCACGAGUUCUUAGUUUCAGGUUCGGCGCGCAUGCGCAGCGGGAACGUCUUCUGACAUCACCGGCACCCGGAUUAUUUCGCCCGGCGAGG